AUCUUCAAAUAACCUAAAUAAAAUGAAAUUUGGCUGACGAAAAUGAAUCCAAAAAAAUCUGUAAAGGUUGAAAAUGGGUGAAUCUGCAGUUCUGGUUCAUUCUUAUUCUUUCGCAGCUCCUAUUACUCGUAACGAUUCUCAUGAGGAGAAUACGAUUCAUGCGUUAAGUCAAUCAAUAUCAUUUGGGAAAUUUAUGACAGAGAAUCUAGAAUGGGGAAAAUGGUCAAGCUUUUCACAUAAGAAGUAUGUUGAAGAAGCAGAGAAAUACUCACGUCCUGGAUCUGUUGCACAGAAGAAAGCUUUCUUUGAAGCUCAUUACAAGAGAAUAGCUGAAGCUAAGAAAGCUGCAACUGAAGAACAACCAACUGUUACUCCUGCUGAAGUUUUGCUUCAUACUUUGGAAACACAACCUCCUCCUCCUCCUCCUCCGGUGAAUAGGUAUCAGCAAGAGGUUAAGGAUGGUGAAGAAGGAUGUGAAAGAAACAGUUUUCAGAUUGAUGAUCAUGAUGUGACUGAUGAAUUGGAAAAUGUGAUGUUUGGUGAUGAUGAUAAGGAGGUGAAGAAGGUAGAGGAAGAGUUGUUGAAGGAGGAUUGGUCUGUUGGUGAAAAGGAGAAACAACAGAGGAAAUCGAUUACUAAGAAUAGACCGGUGUUUAGAUUGUCUCUCGAGAAAACAAUCCCUCGGAAGUCUUUGGAUGAGAUAUCUUUAACUGAGAAGAGAAGCGAAAGACCGAUAACUCAGUUAGAAGAAAAACCGGUUCACCGCCAGAGAUUCGGGCUCUUGAGUUGUUUCAUAAGUAAUUCUAAAACUCAAGAUCAGAAUCAGAGCAGGGAUAAGAGAAAGACGGAGAAGAAGAAGCAGUUUCUGUGUCUUUGUUUGAAGCCAAAGACUGUAAGAGAGUAAUCAUAAGAUAGCCAAAGAAGCUUAAAGAACACAGCUUUGAAUACGUUACAGUCUGCAAAUGGCAAUCGGGAGAAUAAAAAGAUCGAUUUCGA